UGCUGAGGCGCCACUUCUAUCCACCAGCACUUUGUAUGGAUUUGUCUCGAGUGCGCGCUCAGCUGCCAAACCAAGCGAAAGCGGGCAACAAAGAAACAAACAACAACAACUUGGCACAGCUUGCUUGCCUUGCUUGAAGUGUUCAAGUGUGCUGUGCUUGGUUGAGUGGUGAGUGCAGUCGAGAGCGUGAGUGCAUUGGGACGCACGCAGUCAGCCGGAGGCAAGCGGUGACGGCACCGAGUGGAAGCAGUGGUGUAGUGGUCGGUGGUGUAGGACCUGAGGGCAAGCGCACGCGCAGCAGGGCAGUCAGUGGUGCCAGUAGCAACAGGAAGGAUGGCGGAUCGACGCAUGACCUUGGCGGACAAGUACGGCCAGCCGAUGGAAGCCGUGCUGGGCAUGACACAUGGCUUGUUCCGCACAAAGAAGCAGCACAACGUGUCCAUCACAAAAGAAGGCAACCUGGUUGUCCUCAAGACGGCAGACGAGGGCUCAGACGUCCUGCAUGCCAUCCCAUUGAAGGACAUCCAUUCGGCCGGCACGACCUACGACGACGACGAUGAUCGCCUGCAGUUUGUGGUUUGUACAGGCACUGGCUCGUUCACCUUCUUGGCUCCGGACAAGGCCACGCUGAAGCGCUGGGUGCUUGCGCUCAACCCUCCCAGCAGCGGCGGUUCAGAGUCGGGAUGGCUGACGGUGAACAAGAAGAAGCGUUUCUGUGAACUCCGCAAAUCCUCCGUCGUCAUGUUCAAGGAGAAGGAGGACCGUGAUCCGUGCGGGGCGAUUGCGCUGGACUGCCUGUGCACUGUCAUCCCGCCCCAGCAGACGGGCGCACCAACAGGCAUGCGCCGCAUGACAUCGCGCGGCGUGACCUUCUACGUCAACACCGCCGGCCAGCAGUGGGCCAUCACAAGCAAAACCGUCGCAGACGCAAAUCGCUGGAUCACCGCAAUCCAGGAUGCGAUUGAGUGUUGCCCUGACCUGACGACGCGGUUUGACAAGCUGGCGACGGCGCACCAGAACUCGGACACAUUCACACUCGACGAAGUCUUCCUCGACAGAGCCAUUCUGUGCUAUUCGGAUGAACCGCUUGAGAUGCCGCUGACGCCGCUGCCAUAUGGGAAGAUUGGCAAAGUCCCGUCCGGCAACGAAUACGGCCACCCGCACAUCGAGGCGCUGGCCAUUUUCCAGAGCAUGAUUCCGCGGUCAAAGGUCCGGUUUGGAAACGUCAUGGACGGCGAGCCGUGGAUCAGAAACCUCCUCCAGGUGUACCUGGAGGUGCCAGCGCUGAGAAACGAAAUUUUCUGCCAGAGCGUCAAACAGAUCACACGCCUGCCUGACAUCCAUGGGCGGUUUGCGAUUCGCCACUGGCAGCUGGUGGCGGCGCUGUGUGCGCACUUUCGGCCGGCAAGCAAGUACUUCAACUACAUCCGCGCGUGUCUUCAUCACGCGGCGCAGAAGAGCGACAACCACGAGAUUAUCCGCCAAUGCGCAAACUACUGCCUGGAGAAGAUGCAAAAGCCAGCCACACUCCCAGCCAUAUCCGAUGAACUGAUGCGUGAGAUUAUGAGCGGCCAAGGAUUUGCGGAAACGGAAUCCGCGCAGAUGGUCCUCAACCACGUGGAGGAGCCGGACUGCGAGGCGUGAGCUUUCACAUUGCUAAAUGACCCCUCUUCUUUCUCUACUUCUUCAGCUCCCUGCCCUUGUUCUCUCGCGCUGGCAUAUGUGUGCAUGAUUGACGCGCCUUUCCCCUUGGGCUGUCACUUCACUUCACCCUACCCAUCUCUUCCUCGUGUUCCGUGCACACCAUGUGGCGUUCCCUACAACAUGUUCUGUUCUUCCAUCAUCAUUCCUUUAUUUUUUUUCUUCCUUUGCUGACAUCCUUAUGGUUACACGACUGUUCACUUGUUCUGUCUGUACUGACCAAUUGAUCGCGCGUUUUUGUCCGCUUUCUGCUCGUCUUCUUUGUACCGCCCCAGCUCCAACCCAUCCUCAUGAUUUCCGUGUUGGCGGUGGGUGAGGCUUGGGUGUUGCCUGUUUGCUCCUGUGCACCCUGGGGGGGGGGGGGCGGGGGGGCUU